AUCAAAGCAUCAGAUUCCUGCCUGGUCCCUGGGCCUGGGUAUGUCCCUGAAGUAGUAAAGUAAACAUGGCUCCUAUGGCAACUCUUAUUUUUUUUCUCUCUGUCGCUUUUGCGACUUCACACGUUGAAUCAACAAGCAAUCAGUACGCGUUCGCAAUAAUUGAGAGCUGCAGUGGCUGUCGUCUAAAUCGUCUUCCGGAUGUUAGGCAGUUCAUCUUCGAAGACGUACCAAACUAUAACAAUGUUGCAUUCAAACAUAUUCAAGGUGCAGUUCCAGAACUUGUUCUAUUCAAUGAGAAUGAGGAGGAAGUUGAAAGAUUGCCAUUGUCAAGUUUGACUCGGGAAGAGUGCAAUAAUUUACUAAUUUCUAAAGGCUUUACAAAAAAAAUAGCAAAGGAUGAAAUAUAAGCAUGCAUAUAUAAAUCUGUAAAUUUCACUUUACUAUUUAUUACAGAAUAAAUUAUUCUGAUAAUUA